CAAACAACACAGCAAUGAGCUUUUACCAUGGGUGAUAAAAAAUAUCUCCGUGGUUUUUUGCCCCGAAAUGGUGUUGAUACCUACAUAUAAGGCAACAUCCACCCAAGUGUCUUAAACGAGCAUGCCCUUCAAAGGGGACAUUCCAGGUUACAUUUUCUGAGAAGAUAGUUUUUUCUUCUUCUUUGCUCGUGGAAAAAGUUAGUUUGAUUUGGAAAUCAGUGAAAUAGUUGAAGAAAUACGUUAUGUGAUAAAACAUGUGUGAAAACGUGCAGAAAAAUGUUGUGAAGUGUAUGGUAAAAAUUCUGUUAAGUGGACGAAGGUUCCAGGAGUGGUUUGCUCGAUUGCACUCCGGUCAGCCAAUCACUGAAAAAGUCGAUGAAAGACCGGCACCGCCAGCUAUCAGAAAAUAACCAAAGCACUAUGCAUCAACCAUAUGUCAGUUUAGAAUCAUUUGAACAGAGCAGGCUACAAAAAGAAGCUCUAAAGCAGAGCAAAAAACCAAGGGGACCUUUUCACCCACUAUGAUGGUGUCCUUACAGUCGAUGAGAUGGCUGUUGGAGUAAAUAAACGCAAAAGAAAACAUGAAAAUAUUUCUAACGCAGAAAAUGAUAACUGCGAAGCCGAUCAUGUACCGAAAAAAAAGUCCAAACAUUCUUUAAAGACACAUAACGAUAAGGAUGAUCACAAUUUCAAAGAGGAAACGGAUGAAACUUCCUCGAAUACUAAAAACGUUGACCCAGCCGAAGAGGAGGAAAUCAAAUUUAAAAAAAAACUUAAAAUGUCGAGUUUUCGCAUCAAAUUACGGGGCGAUAAUUUUGUAACAGAGUUACGUCACUUUUUGCAUUUGGCACCAGAAAUCGUCCCUAAAUAUUUGGAAGGCUCCGGUAAGCCAUUGGAAAUGGCGCAGGCCAUAGAGCGCGUUGAUAGAAGCAAUGUCUUACAUGUAGGAUUUGUUUGUGAAGCUUUGCAUUUAAUUUUAUUGGAAAUUUUGGGAAAUCAACGGCAGCACUUGGAAUCAGCGGUUCAUGCAUGUCGCUAUUUCUUGAAAACGCAUUCGACUUGCAUUGAAUUAUUACUAAAAUCGCCGCAAUUCAAACACCGACGUGUGGCUUUAAAAUUAUUAACUGCCAUUGUUUGCGCGGAACCAAAGCUAGGGAGACAUAUUUUAACAUCCUUUGAUGUACUAAACAAUGUAAAUGUGGAUCAGUUUCUUUCACAUCUGCAUGCAGAAUUGAAACAACAAGGAGAAGAAAAUUCGGACACUGUGCGCAAAUGUUUUAUCCACUUUGUUUUGGCUUUUUUAGUUGAUGGAAAUAUUCUGCUGAUUCGCGACAUUUUAUGUAAAAGACAUUUGAUUAAAUGUUUGAUCAAUGGACUAUUGUACGAUGACGCAACUACCGUUUGUAUGGUUUUAACUACAGUGAAGCAAUUCGUUUUAGAAUGUUUAGAAAUAUCAAAAACUACAAAAAUUCAUGUUUUCGAUUUGAAUUGCUGCAAGUCUUUGGUGAAACUAUAUGACUGGUAUGGUCCUAAAGUAUUGGCUGCGAAAGGAAAUGUUAUAAAAGGAGCAAAGCAACCUAAACUAUUGCACAGUGAUAUUGAAAAGUUAAUUAAUGUAAAUGAACGUGAAAUAGUAGAAAAAGCAAUACACGACUUUAUGUUGGUCUUAUUAACGUCCAGGAAAUAUGGUAUCAGUUUCGAUAGCAGGAAAUAUUUUCAACACAAACGUAAUACUAUACAAGGUCAGUUGAUGCCAGCCAUUCAUUAUCCUUGGUCGAGUGCCUUGAAAUCCGAAUUAAUUAUUAAAAUCUUGCAAUCUUGUCCCGAUUUAUAUCGUCAUACCGUUCGUAAUUUUUCUGGAAUCAUAAAUCCUUUGCGUUAUGGUCGUAAAUUCUACAAGUCGGUCGUGGAGUUUCUUAUCAAAAUCAUAGAUGCUUGCAAUCCUAGCUUACUGAAUAUGGAUGUGGGAAAAACCACACUUACCGAUCUGACGCAUUGGAUAAAAGAUAUAUGUCUACCUAUGGAGACCUUAGUACACAUAAAAGGCUCCAAACUACUAUAUGAGGAAAAAUUUGAGGCACGUCUGAUAACGAAUCGUUUACUUUUGACAAUGUUCGUCCAAUACACGAACUGGAUAAGAGCCAUUGGAGAACGCGAAACAAAAGUAAAUCGUAGUGGCAGUGUAAGCGCAUUACGUAAAUUCAAAUUCGAUAUAUUGAAUCAUUUGCUACUGCAUUUUCCUACAGUAGAAGAUAUACUAACAUCGCUGAAUAUUUCCAUUGAACAACAACACGAAGAUGGAGUAGACGUUUUGUCUCACUUGGAUACCACUUUGGAUUUGGUUUUAGCCAUUUGCCAAGAUAACCGCACGUUUGUCAAUAAAACCUCCAUAAUAUUGGAUUAUUUGGAAUUGUUGAGACCGCUUUACACCGGUAGCGAUGAUGAUAACGUUAAUCACGUGGACUCAAAUAUUCAGUUAGAAAUGAAAGCUAUUAAAACGAUAUUAAUACUGAGUCCGAAAGAUCUGGAACCACAAAAAGAACGUUUUGCCAGUAUUAUGCAAUCCUUUAUUAAAGCUUUUGUUUACGGUUCGCAGCAAGUUAGUUGUGAAGCUGGCAAUUUACUGCGAAAUAUUUUUAGAAAUACUGGUAUAUUUCACGCUGGCGAAUUAGAAAUAGACUUGUGGCUGGAACCUUUGAAAUAUUGUGCGGCAGAGACUAUCCAUGUUGUAAGCCAGGUUUUCACAGAAGUCCUAAAGGUGACUAAAGCCAAUGUUGAAAUGCCGAAAGUUACCCAGACAAUAACGAAUAUUGAAAAUUUGGAACAACUGUUUAAAAACAUUGAAGCCGGUUUAUCUGUGCAGAGCUAUGUGGAAACAUUGGUUUUGAGUAAACUAAUGCAUUUGAUUUGCAAAGGUGUUGAAAUUGAGAAACCUCUAGGCAAUUAUCUGGAAUCCGUUUUUCUGCUUUUGUUUCUUUACCACACAAAUCCUCUAGAAGUGGCAACAUUAUGCGAAACACAGUUCGUAGUACUCGCAAAACAUAUGAAACGAAUUCUGCGUGAGGGAAAGGCGUUUAAGUUAGACAUAUUUAAAUGCAGCGUUAUUCCGAAAAUGUCCGACGUCUCCGCUUACAUUCACGAAGAGAGCAGCAGCACUUUUGAGAAUUUAAUGGCGGAUCAACCCAACGAUGAACAUUUAUUUAUGAUUUAUGUUCAAGUGAUAAUAUUUCAAGUUUUGCAGUUAAGGGAAAAACAAACAUUCAGCAGCGGACAGGCGGAAAAGGCGGCAGAAUUUAUUACCAAAGCUUUAAAAUCAAUUGAAAGUUAUAUGUCGCCAGAUGAGCGUAAGCGAGCAGAAGGUGAAAUUUUAACGGAUAAACUAUUGAAAUACAUCUACGGCGUACGUUUGAAUCAAAUGAGUGGUCAAGAUUUAUUGGAGACUUUCGAAAGUAACAUCAACUACAUAAGAUUCUUAAAACAAAUGACUGAUUACUGCAAAAAUUUGGUUAAUUUUCAUACGUAUACCAGAAAUUAUAAAUCAAAGCUGAUUAAUGCAGUCGCUAUUUCCAUGCGCUGUAAGGAUUUAAGCAAAGUAAACACAAAUCGCUUGAAAGACUUUCUCGAGCUGUUGAAAGUUUUCGAAUUAGAUCAGAAACACUGCAUCGAUUUGUUAAAUUUAUUUGCUGAAAGCAUAAAUUGUGAAGAUCUUUUCAUGCUGGAACCGCCUAGCUUUACUAUUUAUUAUUUCGUGCUAGCUUUUACACUGGAACGUUUAGCGGAAUUGCAACAAGCGGUGGAAUGCAAGGAAUUUAUCAAAAAAUUUGUGCAAAUUUAUCAAGAACUUCAUGAGAAGCUUCCUCAGGAUUUAAGGAAUUUGGAGCAAUUGGAGAUUGCUUUCUAUAGAUUUCUGCUAAUAAAUCAUCAAUAUCUUAAGAAUAUGGAUGAAAAGCUCUUUGCUUGCUUUUUUUCAACGGAAUGGAACACGAAUAAGCCACGUAUUAAAUUGGCCCGUUUAAUCUACCAACGUAACGAUUUACUUAAGGAGUGCCUUCUCCCCUAUCUAACUUUACCGCAAUUAGAAAGAAAAGAAUUAAUGUAUCCUCUGCUAGAAGAAGCAAUGGCAAAGAAUUUAACACUGGACUCGAAAAUAUUACAAAAAGUGUAUUUGACUUUUAAAGCGGGUUUUAUGCGUGCUAUUGAAAAGCCUUCUAAAGCCGCCCAGAUAUACAAGGAACAUGUUGAGAUCAGCAAAAAAUUGAUAGAAUCGGGCAUGCCUGCUACGGAAUGUCGCGAUUUCUGCCGAAAACAAUUUAAAUUUGACGGCGUCGAAAGUUAUCAAUUGCAACUGAUCGAUGCCAUUUACACGAAGGCUUUCAAAACGUCAUCUGAGCCCCCCGAACAAUCUGCAAUUGUUGUCAAUUUUAUUUCUCUAAUGAUUUCAAUGUCUUUAGGCGCUUUAAAAGUGCAAAACUUAACCUAUGAAAAAUUACAACUUAUUGGUUUUCUGUUGCAAAAAUGGAUUAGCGUUUCCCAAGAACUAACUGCGAAAGAUUCUGAUAAAAUCGUUAAAUCCACACAAUGGCAACAGUUUUGUAAAAUUUGUCUAAAACAGGGCAUGGAGAUUAAUGAAACAGAACUUUCGGAUAAUGAACUAUUUAAGGCCUCACUCCUUCAGCUUUUAUCGUGCUUAUGUGACUACCUAAUGAAAGAUGAUCAAAAAGUUUUAAAUUCCAUAGAAUUUUCGCAACUAUUUUCAAUGAUUUUUGAGCAUUCGAAAUUUCAAACAAUUAUUUCAAGUUCGAUUAAUGGAGAGCAAAAAGCAGCUACUCUGCAGUUAUUGUAUGUAUUGGCAAAAGAAUGCCCCGCAGGACUUGAUGCGUACCAAGUCCCUUUAAUCCUGUCUGCUUAUCAUGCCCGUCUGUCCAAAAGUGAUCGUUUCGCUUUGGCUUUAUUAAAUCUUUAUGAAAUUCAAUUACCCCAAGAAAUCCAGCAGUUUAAACCGUUUGUUUGGGGUGAGACGGCAUCAACAUUCUACGCAUUAAACGAAAAGGAUGAUCAUUUGAAGCUGCAACAAGCAGAGACAACAAUGAGUCAAAUUAUGUCUUUAAUUGAUCCGCAGAUAUGCGAAUAUACUUUGGAAAAUUUUCCUAUAUGGCGUAAAUUGAACCCUUUGCAACAAUUACCGGAGUUAAUAUUUGAAAAUCCUUUAAAUCGCCUAUGGUUUUUCGAAGGUGGUACUCACGUGGAAAAGAAAAUUGAAACAGGAGAUGUAGAGUUUUCUGCUUCCGAGUUAAGCUUGUGUUUCAAGCGUAACGAAAUUUACAAUCAGUGCUAUGAUCCUGCCUUUAUGAUACCUUUGAUGGCUUUGUGUUUUGCUCCUGGUUCCUCGGCUCAUCCUGCUCGACCCGUGCAAAAUGGUUUAUUAGCGUUAAGCUUUGCCGCCCUUUCCUCGCAGGAUCGAGAAAUGCGUUUGGCCGCAGGUUGUGUACAAUUACGUUAUCGCUCUCAUUUCGAACAAAGCAAGUUCUUUGAAAAACCCUUCUGGAUUCAAGCUUACGAGAACUUACAAUCGGGUUUGGACGAGUUACGUAGUGCCUGGCUAACAAAUAAAACUAAUCGGGGGACACCGCGGGUCCCUUACAUCCCCACCCUGUUUGUGGCAAAGACUUUCAAUAUAACUACUGAACCCACUCAUCGUCUCUACAAACAACUUACCAUGUAUCUCAGGCUUAAGCAGAGCUUUAACUUUCAAUGUAUACCUGAAUUUAAUGUUUUAUUUUAUUCUUCGGAGGUGGAACAUCAAGAGUAUAGACGUUUCAUUCUAGAAAUAAUCGUGCACGGUGUCAAAUGCAACUCUGAUCUAUUUCUUUUGAUAUCGACGAAUACAUUAAAAGUUCUUAUGGUCUUUUAUAACGCGCCCAUGUCAACGCUGGAUCUUAAUUUGCUUAUAUUAGUUCUAUUUUCUACUUGUGCUAAAAUACCCUCCGCGUGUAAACUGCUGAUUGAGAACGUUGGCCUACUCCCCUGGCUAAGUACUAUUGUACAGAGCAUAGAAUUUCAUCAGUUUGACGUUAUCGAAGGUGUUAUAUGUAUACUCAAUAAUCUCUGGUAUUCGUUGAAAGUGCAGCAGCGGGAAUUUCACAAUUUUCUAUACCUUCAAAAAGAAAUUCAUAAAAUCAUUAUUCAACUUUUGCCUUUUCUAUCGUCACGUAUAUCUUUGUCGCGUUUCGCCAAAUUGAUGAAUAUUAUGGGUAAAACGGCCAACGAAAAAGACCAGUAUUUAACGUUGUCCACAAAAGAUCUGCAACAGCUUUUGGUAUGCGCGGAGAAAUAUUUUGAUAAAUUAGUUUUACCUUUAGUAGCAAUUUUUACGUUCGGCGGUCAAGAGUGUUCUAAAGUCCAGGAAUACGAUAAAGAACUGUUUGAUUCGCAAGUCGAUAGUGACACCUGUUUGGCUUUAAGAAGCUUACGAAAUUAUUUAAUUCACUGGUCUUCAGUGAGUUUGGAUAGAACUGAAACAGAUCUUUCCAUUCAGACGAGAGCUGAUAUUAAUACGUAGGUCAUCAAGCUUUUUAAUAUAGUAAUAAAUACAUUUUUGAAUAUAUAUGUGCAU